AAAAGGCUGCUGCUGCCAAGGGUAAAUUGUGUUUGGAUGCUACUGGCGAUGAGGGUGGAGGAUAGAUUGUGUGUCUGUUUGAUGGAAAUGAACAGUUCUCUAAUAUCGCUGGGCAAAAUGAACAUCAAUUAGAGACCGACGAAGAUGGUGCAAUGGUUGCUGAUGACGAUGAAGAUUUGGCACUUGAUGGAUUUGGUGCAGGUGCUGUGGAUACCGAACAAAACGAACAAGAGGAUGAAGAUGAGAAUAGCGAUACCGAUGACGAUGACGAUGAAUCUGCCAGUGAUAUGGAUGAAUACAAUGCAAGCGAUGCUGAUGCCGAAAAGGACGCUGAAGCAGUAGAAGCACGAAAACGUGCCUAUUUUGCACCGGAAGAAGAAAACAAGAACGAUGAACAACACGAUGCCUUCACAUCCAUGAACCUGUCACGACCCAUACUAAAAGGUCUUGCCAACGUUGGCUUUGUGAAACCUACCGAGAUCCAAACACGCACGAUUCCUCUUGCAUUGUUGGGUAAAGAUAUCUGCGGUGGUGCAGUAACCGGUUCCGGUAAAACCGCCGCCUUCAUUGUCCCCAUUUUGGAACGUCUUUUGUACCGGCCCCGACAGACAGCAGCCACGCGUGUACUCAUUCUGUGUCCAACACGUGAGUUAGCCGCACAGGUCCAUAGUGUGGCUGCUAAACUCGGUGGUUAUACCGACAUUACUUUUUGUCUCUGUGUCGGUGGUCUCAACCUUAAACGCCAGGAGGCAGAAUUGAAGAAUAAGCCCGAUGUCGUUGUUGCUACGCCCGGUCGGUUGAUUGAUCAUGUUCGCAACUCGGCAGGUUUUGCUUUAGAUACUUGUGAAAUUCUUGUAAUGGAUGAAGCUGAUCGUAUGCUUGAGGACGGUUUCGCAGAAGAACUUGGAGAAAUCGUGAAAGCAUGUCCGAAAUCACGACAAACUAUGUUGUUUUCCGCCACCAUGACAGAUAAUGUCGAUCAACUUAUUCGCAUGUCAUUAAACCAUCCUGCCCGCUUAUUCGUCGACCGUUCCAACCAAGCCGCCUCUCGUCUUGUCCAAGAAUUCGUCCGUAUCCGUGCUCAUCGUGAAGCAGAUCGAUCAGCGGUACUCGUUGCAUUGUGUCGGAGGACGUUCAAGGCUAGAACAAUUAUUUUCUUCAAGUCCAAAGUGGCAGCACAUCAAAUGAAGAUUCUCUUUGGUCUUUUGGGACUCAAUGCUGGCGAACUUCAUGGUAACUUGACUCAGGAACAGCGUCUUGAGGCGCUCGAACGGUUCCGUGACAACAAAGUCGACUUUUUGAUGGCCACUGAUCUUGCUUCAAGAGGUCUUGAUAUCAAGGGUAUUGACGUCGUCAUUAAUUACAACAUGCCAAAUCAGUUUGCUCAAUAUCUUCAUCGUGUUGGAAGAACGGCCCGUGCUGGUCGUAACGGUCGUUCCGUAACACUUGUUGGCGAAUCCGACCGCAAAAUGCUCAAGAUGGCGAUCAAGUCCGCAAAUGCGGGGUCACAGGUCAAGAAUCGGGUGGUACCGGCUGAAGCCAUCCAAAAAUACAAAAAGAAGGUGGAGAAGCUUACCCCACAAAUUGAAGAGAUUCUGCAGGAAGAAAAAGAAGAGCGUGCGCUGCGUAACGCUGAAAUGCAGUUACAAAAGGGCGAAAACCUUAUCAGACAUUCAACCGACAUCUAUUCCCGACCAGCAAGAACCUGGUUUAAAACAAACAAAGAAAAGAAAGUAGCAGCUUCGGCAGCUCAUAAGAAGAAGAAAUAAGACUGUUGUUGUUGUUGCUGGCAACAGAAAAGAACAUUAUUAAAAAGAUAAAAAAGUUUGUAUAAUAAUAUUAAUAAUAAUAAUAAUAGUAUGAUAGAGAAGGAAGAAGAAAGAAAAGAACAUAGUGAUUUUUGUUACGGAUACAAUUUUUUUUAUAUCUACAAGGAAUAUGAACGAAAUGGGAGGAAACUAUAUAGUAUAUAUUUACACAUCUACAAUGCGCUUGAUGCGAUUGCACUCAUCAAGGUGCUCUCCCCGAUAUUUGAUAAGAUAGUUGCCGUGUUCUUUGAACGUUACAGUCUUAUUGACGGGACAGCCCUAAUAAUAAGAGCAUUUGUAGUAUAUACUCCUGAAGCCAGACUUCUUAUGAACAGUAUUUCCAUUGUUUUUCCAAAGGUAGUCGUCG